AUGACAAAGUUCAAAGUUACUGUUACUUCCGACACCGUCUGCCCUUGGUGCUAUGUCGGUCGCAGACAGCUCCAGGCUGCGCAGCGCCUGUGGGAGCAGAAGUACCCCGACUCAAACGACACUUUCGACAUCAGCUACAAGCCUUUCCAGCUAGCGCCUGAUUGGGCACGAGGUCCUGCAUCGAGCAUCUCCAAAGAAAAGUUCUACCUCGAGAAAUUCGGCAAAGACCGCGUGGUCAAGAUGCAUCAGCAUUUGAAGGGUGUCGGAGAGUCCCUCGGAAUCGACUUCAAGUUCGGAGGACAGACAGGAAACUCGAGAGAUUCGCAUCGACUUGUUCAGCUCGCCAAGAAGCACGGCCAGGAUGCCGAGAGCAAGGCGCUUGAUGGUCUCUUUGCUGCAUACUUUGAGAAGAACGACGACAUUACCAGCUACGACACCUUGAGAAAUGUGGCUGUCGAGGCGGGAAUCCCCGAGGAUGAGUUCCAGAAGGCUAUCGUCGAGAGCGACGAGGGUGGCCCAGAGGUUGACAAGCUUGCGGGCGAGGCGCGAUACAGCGGUGUCAGUGGUGUCCCUGACUUUGUUCUUCAGGACCGGUUCCGGCUCCAUGGCGCCAACGAUCCGUCGACAUUCGUGAGCGUUUGGGAGAAGAUCAAGGCGGCUGAGCUGUAA